AUAGGUAUUUCAAAUAUUUUGAGAGUGACGUCCCUUACUCAAAGUAGUCAAAAAACUUUUAUUUUUCUGCUACAAUUUCAAAGAAACAACAUGGCAUUCAGAUAGCAACAGGUGUUCUAGUUCACGUGAGUAAACCUGUGUGUUGGUUGCAUUGAGUGAGGUGAAGUGAAGCAGCCCGCACUGAUGUCGGGGACCGUGGUGACCCUGAACGUGGGGGGCGUUGUCUACACCACCACCACCUCCACGCUGCUCAAGUUCCCAGAGUCCAUGCUGGGCUCGAUGAUGAGCAACGGCCUGCCCAGCACCCUCGACGCCAAUGGGCACUUAUUCAUCGACCGCGACGGUUUGAUAUUCCGGCAUGUUCUCAACUUCCUACGCUCUUCACAGCUGUGUCUGCCUUCUAAUUUCAAAGAUUUUGAUCUUUUGAGUGCUGAAGCAGACUUUUAUCAGAUCUCUCCAUUAAUCGAUGCAAUCAAUGAUUUGAGAGACAACUGUUCUGUGAAAGGCCGGACGUUUUAUUUGGAGAUAACGGAAGUACGCACGGGCUCAACGGCCACGAUGCCAACUAGCAAUUCACGGGUGAAGACGAUCUUACUGGGUCGCAAAGAUAUUUUAUUGACGUUACCCCCGGCUGUGAUUGGCUCUGAUUUUAUCGAGAGACUCUGCUGCAAAGAGCCGGAGGAGUACACGGAGCUGGAGCUGUUCGGAAGUCCGAUGCGCCUGAGAGUGGGCGAGGAGCUGCAUAAUUUAGGGUGGAAACUCAUCUCGUCGGACCUGUCCACAUCCUCGGGUUUCGACAACCGGUCUCAGGUGGGCAUGAGUCUGAUCAUUGAGCAUACGUACAGGGACCGGUGGAGCCGCGACUUCGACCCCGACGAACCCAUCAAGAUGAACCCGAACCACAAUGUGAUGCUGCUGGAGGAGGCCAAUGUCUGAUCAGAGUGGGAAAGUGGACGAGCGGUCAGAGACUCGUCAGACCGAUCCAUUGCGACUUUCAUUCUCACUUUGACCUUUCGAUACUCCAUUCACAAACUACUGUGCAUGUGUACCCUCCUAGUUUCGACGGCGGAUGAAAUGGGCAGUAAGUUUCGUUCUGUGGUGUCGCGGCUUGAUUUAAAUGGCUGUGAUUUGGGUCACUAUUUCGGUUUGUAGUUUAUAUUAAAUUAUAUUUCCAAAUAUUUCAACUUCUUCACAAAUGAGCUUUAUUUACUAUUUUUACAUUCUACUUCCUGAAAAUAUAUAUUAUAGGUUCAUGGCCUUUACUUGCUUGGUUCGUCUGUUCUCAAGUAUUUUGCGAGUAGUAUAAUAAUGAAUGGUGACACCACAGGCUAUUGUUAGCAGCACUUGGAGGGUUACAUGUUCUGGUGGUUUUCUGUCUCCCUGGAAAGUUCUGUAGUUGCCAGGGACCUACACUCGGACUAGAUGACCUUUCUGUCCUGUGCCAAACCUGGCGUGCGGACCUUUUGUUGUUUUAGCUUGACCUAGAUCUCAUUGUUGCUGUUCUUGAUUGGAUAUAGGAUUGGACAAUCAAUUAUUUAAGGUGGGGGGGGGGGGAAUUGUUGUUCCAGUAUUGCAUGAACACUGUUCCCGUGUAGCACUGUAUUGUUACGUCAAUUGUUUCCGAUUUAGAGUCAGGGUUCGUGCCUGUUUUAUCAUUAUUAUAUAUAUAUAUAUAUUUAAUAUGUGUAUUUUGUUGCCAUAUUUUAAUGUUUUACAGCACUGUGAUUGUCUGUAUCAUGAGCUAUUGUUGUUUAAUAGCUGAAAUGCUGCUGGCCAGUAACAAAGGCCACCUGUAGGAGAAUGUGUGCACUGAAGCUGUGGAGGAGCUGUGAAGCAUAGCUGCCAAACAGCAUGUCAAAAAAAAUGUAUGUAAUACGUUUUUGAGGGUGUGAGAACGGAGCUGAAGCCCAUUCUUUUGUCAGAAAAUAAGUUUUCUGUUUUGUAUUAUCCAGGCCGAAGGGCUA